UUAUUAUACAUGUUUUAUCAGUAGGCCUAGUUGCGUUCUGUAAAAUAUGAGUGAUAAAAUUUGUUGACUAAAGUUGUAACACAGGUGAACAAAUUCGUUAAUAAAUUCUGGUCAAUAAACAGAUGAGUCAGCAACCUAAAUAUGAACAUGGCAUAACUUCAUGUUUAUUCUUCUGUCUGUGUUGUUCAAACAUUUCUUCUCAAUUCUACGAAUACUGAUAGUGAAAACAGCAUCAUGCCUUCUCGUCUUGAUGAGCUUCAACAACAGUUUCGUAAUAGACUUUUACAGGAAAAAGAAAGCAAGAUGAUUAAGAUAUACAAUGAAAAUCAACAAAAAGCAAUGGAAAAAUAUAGAAAGUCAAACAGUUUUGAUCACUUAAAGAAUAGAGGGGUUCAGAAUUGUUACUCUUCUUCUACUAAAGCAACACCAGCAGUGACUAAUUCAGGAAGAGCUGUUCCAGGAGCAAAGAGAGGAAGUCCAGGGUUGGAUCGAUCUCGGCCUCUUGCCCCAAUCAGCAAGGACCAGAUAAGUGGAAGCACAAGCAAUAGUCCAACAAUAAGUCCAGUUAGUUCACAGAGUCUCCCAGAACUACAGAUCACAGAUGCUAACAAUGAACUUUUGGAGAAACUGCCAGAACAACCUGAUGAUAAAAACCGAAGAUCCAUUCUUGCUCAUUCUCGAGCAAAAUAUCCUCUUGAAAAACUAAACAAAAUCCAUAUGAACAUAAAACAAAAAGAUUCAACCUUUGUGGCUACAAUUAAAGAACAACAAACAGAAAUGAAAAAAAUGACACUCAACAAAAAAGCUCCAAUUCUUAAAGGUCCUGUUCUCAUCAAGAGAAUGAACUCAUUACCAAAUUCUCUGAACCAAAAAACACUUGUGAUUGAACCCUCUCAACUGCAGUUAAAUCUUGUGGCAUGUUCCAUAUGUAACAGAACAUUUGCUAAGGACCGAAUUAAGAAACAUAGUGCAAUCUGCAGAAAAGCAACACAGAAGAGGAGGAAGGUAUUUGAUGCAACUAAAAUGAGAGUAAAAGGUACUGAAGCAGAGAAUUUUGUGAAAGGAAAACCAAAGAAAGAUGACCAGAAGCCACAGAAGACCAACUGGAGGAUUAAACAUGAGGCCCUUAUUGCAAGUGUUCGUCAAGCUAAAGUCGUGCAGCAGCAUGUAGCAGCAGGAGGUAAGCUGUCUGAUUUGCCUCCUCCUCCAACAGUGGAGAAUCCUGAUUAUGUACCUUGUCCCUACUGUAACCGUACAUUCAGCCAGGCUGCUGCUGAAAGGCAUAUUCCAAAAUGUAAGAACAUCAUCUCAAACAAGAAGACUAAGAAGUAAAUGCUUCCUUGUGUAAACUUUAUUGAGAUUGAGGUACUGUUUAUGCUGAUAAACUGUCCAGAUUUGACAGUUAAUUUUCUCCUUUUUAUUUGUAAGAUACCACUUUAUCAAAGUAACUCUGCAAAGUAGUCAACUAACCAGUUUGUUUACACAGCUGAAUGUGUCUUUCACCAGAAAUUGCACAUUUUGAAAAUAGGACUCGCAUAACUGAUCUCACAUUAUAAAAUAAUAUUGUUUGAAAAUAUUAUCACUGAAGGGAUGUGAUUAUCCCUCAAGAACAACUUAAAUGAAAGAAUGUUGUUAUGGAGAUGUGGUAAUAUUUGGCUCCAUAUUGUAUUAAUAUUAUAAAAUUCUGAACAGUUUUAUCAACAGCUUACUGUUUCUAAGACAUGCAACUUGUUUAUUUUGUCUUAGUGUUUGUAAUAAGGAAUUUUUUUUAAUAUGCUUAAGAGCUAUUCAAAGACAAUAUGUUUUUUUAAUAAAUAACAUCACUUUAUUAUGUUUCAGUUAAGAGCUAUUCAAAGACAGUAUGUUUUUUAAUAAAUAACAGCACUUUAUUGUGCUUCAGUUAAGAGUUAUUCAAAGACAGUAUGUUUUUUAAUAAAUAACAGCACUUUAUUGUGCUUCAGUUAAGAGUUAUUCAAAGACAGUAUGUUUUUUAAUAAAUAACAGCACUUUAUUGUGCUUCAGUUAAGAGUUAUUCAAAGACAGUAUGUUUUUUAAUAAAUAAAAUCACUUUAUUAUGUUUCAGUUAAGAGUUAUUCAAAGACAGUAUGUUUUUUAAUAAAUAACAUCACUUUAUUAUGUUUCAGUUAAGAGUUAUUCAGAGACAGUAUGUUUUUUAAUAAAUAACAUCACUUUAUUAUGUUUCAGUUAAGAGUUAUUCAAAGACAGUAUAUUUUUUAAUAAAUAACAGCACUUUAUUGUGCUUCAAUAUUUUUUACAAUUAUCAGAAUGGUAUAAUUAGUUUGUUCAGUAACAAGUAGUAUAUAUAACACUACCAUUCAUUUCAUAUAGUCAUAUGAAAUGUAUUUUAUAAGUAGUAUUUAUGAAUAUAACAGAACAAGUCACUAAAUAUGUAUAAAAACUACAGUGAAUUUGAGUAUUUUUGGAAGGUAGACCUUUCUUCUUCAUGUGUAAAUUUAGAAAAAGAAAUAUCUAUCUUCUCAAAGGCAUUUGAGUUGUCUGAUUUCUAAUUUUGUGAUUCUCUAAUUCUUAAGCCUAUAUGGCUUCUUAUUGUAAUAAAUAGAACUUAUAACAGAAAUGUUUGGUAUGUGAAACCUACAAGUUAAUCAGGAUUUAACAUUCUUGUGUCUGUGUCACAGUUAUCAACAUUCAAAUUAUUAUUAGCAACAGAUUCAUUAGACCAGAAUCAAGGUUUAAUGAUAAAUAAAAAUAUGAAAGCAACAAACAUUUGACACAUGUGAGAUGACAACAGACGUUUUAGUCUAAAGAUGGUAGUAACUUGCAGUAGUUAGUAUUUACACAAUGUAGAUUUCAUUUUUUUAAAAGGUUAAACAUUUUGAUAUGUUUUAACUAAAUGACCAAGAUACCUAAAUAGGGAUGUUGUGUGUAGUUAAAAAUCAUCUAAUAACCUAGAUUGAAAAUAUUGACAGUUAUAUCAGUGGUUACAGUUAUGUAACAAUCAACUCAAAGAGAAUGUUAAAGGUAAGGUGAUAUUAGUGUAAAAUAUGUUACAGAUAUAUUUGUUAAAAAUCAAUUCAAAGUUGACCAAAAGUGCCUCCAUAACUAACGUGUUAUUGUUUUGAAGGUUAAGUAUAGUAUGUUUACAUAUCUUUGUGAUACUGCUGUAUUUAAUUUAUUAAAUGAAAGUUAUAUUAACUAAUGAUCAGAAAUUUUAAAAAGCUUACUUUAUAAAGUUAACUGACCCAUUCGUAUCAUUUUGUCAGAAACUUAAUCUUGUCAUAGUGUUUGUAUCAUCAGGCUGUUUUUUUUUGUUCUCAUUAUAAAUUGGUCUCUCUUUGUUAUAUUUACUGUUGUACAUCUUGAAAAACAGAUUGUGCAUCUACCCACUAUUGGGAGUAACUUUGUGUACUAUAGUUUUCAAAUGAGACCCAAAACUUGAGCCCUUUUGAAUAUUUCGGAAGAAGAAUAGUGAACUAUUCGAAAGUGCUCAAGUUUGGGUCUCGUUUGAAAACCAUUAAAACUUUUGUAUGUGACCCUGUUUGCUAACUUCUUAAACAGAAUUUGUGUACUAUAGUUAGACUCCAGCAUACUUUGACACCAAUAACAUAAAAUUUUGAUUUGUCAAAAAAUUUCUGUAUACCCACAUCUGGCUUUGACCAGUUCUACUGUAUUAGUGAGAUAUAAAGUAAAGAAAGAAGGGUAUUAGUACCCUUACUGGGACCAUUAGGAAAGUGUUCUUUUUUCUUGGUAGACGUGGUUGGCAAGGGGGCAUAAUCAGGAAUGUUUUUUACUAUUGGACGACAUGCCUUGAAACAUAAACAUGAUAUUUAAA